UUUUUUUUUUUUUUAAUCCAAAUCCAAAAUUUUCCAGCAUCUCCAGUGAGUGGAUCCAAAUAACAAGGUUCUUCCAAAAUUAAUCCAAACCCGUCUCCAAACUCUGCUCCUAUGGAAUACCCUCUUCUUGUUUGACCAUUUUUUUUUUUUUUUUUUCUUUCCCCUUAUGCUUUCUGACCGUCCUCUGAAGCUCCUUUCGAUUAUCACUUGCUUCGUCAACAGGCUCUGUGAAAAAUCCAAACAUAUAAAUUUAUAUAUAUUUUUAAACACUCAGUCUUCUUGGAACUAUGAGUAUAAAGAAAUCCGCUUCAAAUGUUGUUGAGAAGAUUCUAACGUAUGAAGAGCAGCAGGCAAAGAUUAACGAGGUGAGAAGUUCAUUAGGGACGUUGUCAGGUAAAUCAUCCGUUUAUUGUUCUGAUGCAUCCAUUGCAAGACAUUUAACAGCAAGAAACUGGAAUGUCAAGAAGGCAACUAAAAUGCUCAAAGAGACCUUAAAAUGGAGGUCGGAAUAUAAACCAGAGGAGAUUCGCUGGGAAGAGGUAGCUAAAGAAGCAGAGACUGGAAAAAUUUACAGGUCAAAUUAUGUUGACAAGCAUGGGAGAACAGUUCUUGUAAUGAGACCUAGUUGCCAGAACUCAAAGUCAACAAAAGGUCAAAUUAGGUAUUUGGUUUAUUGCAUGGAGAAUGCUGUUUUAAAUCUGCCGCCACACCAGGAUAAGAUGGUUUGGCUGAUUGACUUUCAGGGCUUCAAUAUGUCACAUAUUUCAGUGAAAGUGACUAAAGAAACUGCCCAUGUUUUGCAAGAUCAUUACCCAGAACGCCUUGGUCUUGCAAUACUGUACAAUCCACCCAAGUUCUUUGAGCCAUUCUUCACGUUAGUGAAGCCUUUCCUAGAGCCAAAGACGUACAACAAAGUCAAGUUUGCUUACUCAGAUGACCUUAACGCGAAGAAGGUAAUGGAGGACCUUUUUGACAUGGAUAAGCUGGAAUCUGCAUUUGGUGGAAAUGAUACUGCACCAUUUGAUAUAAAUAAAUAUGCAGAGAGAAUGAAAGAAGACGACAAGAAGAUGCCUGCUUUAUGGGGUGAUCCACAAUCAACACUGAACAAAAUUCCUUCUUUCGUUUCUACCAAGUUAGGCUCGGAUUCAGAGUCUUCUGACAACGAGAAAACAGACAGUUCCAAGCGUUGUGGGUCUGAACCUGAAUUGGUCUCUUCAGAUGACAGUAAGCCAUUGGCUGCUAGUAGUGGACAUCCUACUGAAGAUGUCCAUGGGACAAAACCAGAAGUUUUCUCUUCAGAUAACAGUAUUCCGGUGGCUGCUAGUAGCAGAAAUCCUGCUGAAGUUGUCUAAGUGGAGAAAAUGACAUAAGAGUCUAUGAAUGUGAAAGAUUUGCUUCUCUCCUGCAACUGUUGGAAUCAGGGGGAUUCAGGAACGUUCAUCCAAGGACCAUUCAUUGCAAUUGUGGUCCUAAUUUGUUUUCAUUGUUAAAUUGGAAAUGGAUGAUGGUCCCAAGGCCUAUGAUAUGAUGAGUAUUACAAUGAUGGAUGGGAUUGUGAAGCAAAAGGUCAUAACAAGCAUAUCUUGGAAUAAAUCUGGGAUAAAAACAAACACAAAAACAAAAACAAAAACCUUUAGCAUUCUUUCUCCUUCUCCAUGGUCAUGUCAUUUGGAGCUCUCGCAUCGAACCCAACUGGGGAACAACUAGGCCAGGAAAAUGGGUCCCCCUCUUUUUUGACCAGUUUCUUUCACAGAAGUUCCCUGAAUUUUUACGAUUUGAUAUUUACUCGUAAUGUUUAUGA